AGAUGAGCGCACGGUCGCGCUACGUCACAUGGUCGCGCGUGCGAAACGAACGACACCACUGACAAGCAUGCCACGCUCCGCCACGAACCGCAACGAGACACGGGUCGACGGGAACCGCCACGAGGAAGGAUGCUGCCGGCGUGCGUUUACGGCUACUUCGUGCGUCAUGCCGAGGCACCGUACGUGAACGCGAAGCGCGGGGAUGCCGCGGCCUCCACGUGCGAUAUGACACCGAGGCUCCUCGUGCCACUCGCCAUCGUCCUCGGGAUCACGAUCGCUGUCAUCAGUACGUUGCUGUCGGGAUACAUAGACGCCGAUUCCGCGGAACGGGAGCUUCAUCAAGGCCGUUCCGUGUUCGUGCCACUUUCCUCGGAGAGCGUUCUGGACGUCUACGAUGAUCACACGCUAACCAUUUCGCCGAGCAACACCGAGCUUGACAAGGUUCGGUGUAGCGCGGCGUCGACAGCGGAGGCCCUGGCAUCUCUGCACUUGGCUCUGGACAUGAAACUAUCUGGGAAGCAAGAGAAGGCUGUGAAAUUGUUUCAACACGCGGUUGCACUGGCGCCCUGCCAUCCGGACGUCUUGAACAACUACGGGGAAUUUUUGGAGCACACGCAGAACAACGUGAUCAAGGCCAACGAAUUUUACGUGCGCGCCUUGACCUACGAGCCGAAUCACGAAGGCGCUUUAAUGAACAGCCAGAGGACGGCUCGAGUGGUCGAUGAACAUGAUACAGCAGUGCUUAGACGCAUCGACGAGAAGAGGAACACGCUGUCCAACAUACCUGAUAACAAUGCCGCAUUGAUACGCGCUAAAAAGGAGGCUUACUUUCAACAUAUCUAUCAUACAGUUGGGAUUGAGGGAAACACCAUGAACCUGGCACAGACGAGAGCUAUAGUCGAAACGCGCAUCGCAGUGUCCGGGAAGAGUGUCGACGAGCACAACGAGAUCCUCGGGUUAGACGCUGCCAUGAAGUAUAUCAAUGCGACCUUGGUCAAUAGGGUAGGGUCCAUUUCUACAAAAGAUAUACUGGAGAUACAUAGGCGUGUGCUGGGACACGUAGAUCCCGUCGAGGGCGGUCAAUUUCGAAGGACUCAAGUGUACGUUGGUGGUCAUAUACCUCCAGGCCCCGGCGACAUUCAUUACCUGAUGGAGGAGUUUGUAUUGUGGCUGAACAGCAGACAAGCCAUCAGGUUGCAUCCAGUAAGUUUCCCUUUCAGGUACGCGGCUCUCGCGCAUUAUAAACUAGUACACAUACAUCCGUUCACCGAUGGAAACGGCAGAACGUCCCGCUUGCUUAUGAACAUGAUACUCAUGCAGGCUGGAUAUCCGCCUGUCAUUAUCCAUAAACAGCAUCGCCACAAGUAUUACGAGUAUUUGCAAGUGGCCAACGCUGGAGAUGUUCGUCCGUUUGUGAGAUUCAUAGCGGAGUGCACGGAGCAGACCUUGGAUUUGUUCCUAUGGGCGACCAGCGAAUUUUCCCGACAAGUUCCUGCACUGAGUCAAGAGACAUUGUUUACAGAAAGGCACAAUACGAUUAUCCUGGAGGAUAAUGACAAUGAAAUAUUAGAAAACGAUUGAUAACUGAUUUCACGUAGCGUCUGAAGUAUUUUUGAGACCAAAGAACAUUAACGUUACUUUAAUUUGUUAUUAAUUGUUAUUAUUAAUUGUUUCAUAACUGCAAUUUUUUGAUGAAAGUUGAAUUUUAAGCUUAAAUAACAUACAUGACUUAAAGGUCGAGAUACCGAAUGAUAAUAUUAACAACUUAAAAUUAGAUUUAUCCGCGGUAUCAGAACUGAGGCGUUGUCCUGUGCCUGUUGAUGUGUGAUCCAAAUGUAUUGUUAUUUAUGAGCUGCCAAUUUUAUCGUGUGUCCAUGUAAAUACGAAUCUCUCUUCCAUCCUCUACUCAGAAUAAAUUAAUUUAUAUUUAUAGUGUAUAUAAUAAAUGUGAUAGUAAAUUGUGAACUUACUACUAUGAUAUAUUUUAAUUUAUAACGAAAGUGAAUUAAUCUCUUCCCGAUUACAAAGACAUUUAUCAUAUUAUCGAACUGAAAUUGUAAGGAGACUAAUAAAAUAAGUAGGCUCUGCCAUAUGUGUUCACA